GAGUCGGCGCAGAGAACCCACGUGUGGACACUUCCUGUCAGGGGGCUGGCCUGAUAAACACACCGAAAGAUCUGUUUUGAAGUGUGUUUUUUUUGAAGCUAUGGACGAACUACCCGCGGACCUCAGAGCUUUCCUACUCAGCCACCCUUUCCUUCAGCUUACAGACGCCAAAAAGAUCAAAUGCACUCUGAACGGCCACGAGUUUCCCUGCAGCCUGGCCGAGCUGCAGAAGUUCACCCAGGGGAAGAAGUACGAGAAGCUGAGCGCUGCAGCGGACUUCAACUACAGCCAGUAUGAGCCGCACAUCGUGCCGAGCUCGAAACAACCCAACCAGCUCUUCUGCAAGCUGACCCUCAGACACCUCAACCGCCAGCCGCAUCACGUCCUCAGACACGUGAACGGCAAACGCUUCAAGAAAGCCCUCGCCAAAUAUGAAGAGUGCGCAAAGCAGGGGAUCGAAUACGCCCCGGCCAGACUCAAGCAGAAAAGGCCCAGAGACAGCGGAGGAGAGGUCGAGCGGGGGAGAGCCUCAAAACACGGGAACGGGAUGUGGGAACCCACAUCCAGUGACGAGGACCACAGCGACUCAGAAGACAGCAUGAGCGACCUCUACCCUCCCACCAUAUUCACUGUAAAAAACCCGGCAGAGGAAAAUAUGGAGGGUGAAAACAAGGGGGAUGGGGAGGACGAUGACUUCCAAACAGAUGAAGAGGAUGAAAUGGAGGUGGAUAGUCAAGUACUGCAGAAACGCAAGAAGGUCCAAGGAGGCGGUUUUCAGAAGAAAUUCAGAAACAACAACUGGAAAUCGGGACGUAAGAAACGUGGAAAAGUCCCAAAUGGGAAGUAAAUGCAAAACCCUAAAUGUGUAGUAUUUUUACACCUGCUAAUUUGUCAGGGAGCAGCACUGCACUUCCAGUUUGGAGAAGCAUUACUGUGACUGUCUGAACCAGCCGGACAUUUGUAUAGUGAAAACAUCCCCUCGACUUUUCAUAUUUAUUCCAUAUGAAAAAUAGUCUGUUGUUCAAGUUUUGAUGCCGCACAGCUCCAGCCAGGCUGGUUUACGUGACAUGGACAAUGUCUGCGUGGCAGUAAACGCAUCAUUUUGUCUGGAGAAGUUGUAUUUUCUGGUUUGCAACCAAGAGCGCUUGUAUAAAAUACAACUCUGUUUGUAUGUGCAAA